GUCACAUACUCUGCGACAGAGGCCGGUCAAAUCGUGAUUUGCUUUCAAACAAACUUUUAACUCGAAAUGCUGUUAUUAAAAUGAGUUCAGACGUCAUUACAGAGCUCGAGGACAGUUAAGUCAACCCUUCUGCCCUCUCAGCAUGCCCGUGCCGAAGGACCCGUGGAGUCCCAAGCUCGGCCAGAAGGACGGCUGGGGGCGCCUGAAGACCCCGCUGCUCACCUGUGGCGGCUUGGCGCUGGCGUUGGAGCUCCAAGCUGUGGUGCGGCAGCUGAGGGCCAACUGGCGAUUGCGCAGGAGGGGAGAAGAAGUGAAGCAUGGAGAUGAUACACAUCUUAAAGAUGGCUCACCGAAAUCCUGUCUCAGUGUUCCAGCGCCGACAGAGAGGAGAGGCUCUUACCCUUUGGUUGACAAGCACAUCGUUAAAGCCAGUGACCAGCAGAGGGAACCUGAGUGGGUCAGGAGGAGGCACAUGAAGAAUUUGCUGAGCUUCCAGAGGUUCCGCCACGCUUCGCGUCUCCUGAGGGGGUCGCUGCCUCGCACCCCUGAAUCUUUACAUCUGGUAGACUACGACUACCUGGGCCAGGCUGCGCACAUGCUGCCAAAAGUGGGCACCUGGAACUUUGACAUUUUCCUCUUUGACCGCCUCACAAACGGUAACAGCCUAGUGACGCUAAUGUGCCACCUCUUCAACCUCUACGGCCUGGUUCAACACUUCCAGCUAGACAUGGUCAAACUGCACAGGUUUUUCAGCAUGGUGCAAAGUGACUACCAUUCACAAAACCCUUACCACAAUGCCAUGCACGCUGCCGACGUCAUCCAGGCCAUGUACUGCUUCCUACGGGAGCCCAGACUAGCGGAGCAGCUGAACCCGCUGGACGUUUUCCUCGGCUUGAUGGCGGCCGCCGCCCACGACGUCGACCACCCCGGGGUCAACCAGCCUUUCCUCAUUAAGACACAACACCACCUGGCGUCGCUCUAUCAGAACAUGUCAGUACUGGAGAGUCACCACUGGAGGUCGACAGUAGGCAUGCUUCGACAGUCGCGAUUGCUGUCGCACCUCCCCGCCGACAUAUCGCAGAAAGUGGAACAGCAGCUGGGAUCGCUCAUCCUGGCCACCGACAUCAGCCGGCAGAACGAAUUCCUGCUGACCUUCAGGGCGCAUCUGGACAAGCGAGACUUGGAUCUGAAGUUGCCCUCGCAUCGACACUUUAUUCUACAGAUCGCCCUCAAGUGUGCCGACAUUUGCAAUCCGUGUCGAGUUUGGCCACUCAGCAAGCAGUGGAGCGAGAGGGUGUGCGAGGAGUUCUUCAGGCAAGGUGACCUGGAGAGGAAGUUCAACUUGGAGAUUAGCCCGCUAUGCGACCAGCAAGUCGACUCCAUUCCAGUCAUCCAGAGCGGUUUUAUCUCAUACAUCGUGGAGCCUCUUUUCGCGGAGUGGCGGCGCUUCAGCGAGCCCAGCGCCCUGAGCGGCACCAUGAUGGCCAACAUGCGGCAGAACAAGGCCCGGUGGAUCCGUCUGCUGCAAGACGGCAAAACGCGACCUCUCGAAUCGGAGGACGUCUCUUGAGAACGCGAGAAAAGAGUCGUGUGGAACUUUUAUUAGGAACAAAAUUAGUGCAUGUUUUUCACAGGUGCUGCACAAGCCUUAAAUCAUUGGCUGCCUUUGACGCCGAUAGACGUCAGGCCCGCUUUUGUGUACUUUGGUCUGUUUUGCCUCCAGUUUUCUGACAGGCAAAGACCUUUUUUAUUUCGACUGAGGACUCAAAUCGUUUAUUUUUGGCAACAACAAAAAAAUCCACUACCACAAAGUAUUAUGAGAUUAUAAAUAUGGUGCUGUGUCAGUACAAUUUAAAAGAAAUUUAGUUUUUUGUUUGUUUUUUUCCCAAGGUGCUCAGCAACAAAAGGUACGACACAGGACUGAAAAGUAUUUUUAUAUUUUUUAAUUUUCCACCUGAGUGGCAAUAAUGAAUAUUGUAUGUUGUUGUUGUGCUGCUAUAAACAACUUAAAAUGCGUGUUUUUUUUUUUUUUUUGUUUUUUUUGCAAAGCCUUCAUUAAAAAUCAGGCCUAAAAUUUAUUUGAAAAAUAUUUUUCAAAAAUUUACACCAUGAAAAACCAGAUAAUAUUGGAUGUUUUAAAUUAUUUA